AUGUCUCCUAAAGACACAGCUCUGACCCAAGGGGUGAUCUCUUUAUUGCUGCCCUUUGUCUGGAACUGGGUGUGGCUCCUUGUGGCUGAUGACCUGAAAGGAAAGGAGUUUCUCUCUGACCUGAAAGCAGAGAUUGCAUCAGAAGAUAUCUGUGUGGCUUAUACAGAAAAACUCCCAACUAAUUGCAAAAUUCAGUUAAUGUCUGGAGUUGGGGAGAAAUGGAAAAACUACCAAUAUUUGCUGACUUUAUACUUUGCCAUUGAAGAGAUCAAUAAGGAUGCCCAUCUGCUUCCCAAUGUAACCUUGGGAUUCCACCUCUACAAUGCCUUUCACUCUCACCGCAGAACUUUAGAGGGCCCUCUGAUGUGGCUAUCUGAAAGGAGUGAGUUUAUUCCUAACUACAAAUGCAAAACUCAACACAAAGCUCUUGGAAUCAUUGCGGGAAUCAGGCCUGAAUUUUCUGCUGCAAUUGGAACCCUUUUGGAACUCUACAAAAUUCCACAAGUCACAUAUGGAUUGUUUCAUUCUGUGCUAAAUGACAAAGAUACAUUCCCAUCCUUGUACCAGAUUUCUCCUCAAGAAAAAGCUCUGACCCAAGGAGUGAUCUUUUUAUUGCUGCACUUUGGCUGGAAGUGGGUGGGGCUCAUUGUGGCUGAUGACCUAAACGGAAAGGAGUUCCUCUCUGACCUGACAGCAGAGCUUGCUUCAGAAGAUAUCUGUGUGGCUUUUACAGAAAGAAUACCAACUUAUAUGAAAGUGGAUUUUUACUUUGGGGUUGGGUUGGUGAAUUUGAGCCAACAUACAAAAGUAAAUGUGCAUGUGUUCUACGGGGAUAUAGAUGAUGUCCUGAUUUUCUAUAUACAAAAUGAAAUUAUAUCAAAGAGAAAGAAGAUGUGGAUCAUGGCAAAGCCCCGCAUUGUUUACUUACAAUCUGUAUUUUAUAAGUGGAUUGGUUUGAUGUCCUUUUUUGAAGGUAGCUUCUCAUUUUCAAAGAACAGAAAUAUCCCUGGCUUCAAGCACUUUAUCCAGGCACUUACACCCUCACAGUACCCAAGUGAUAUUUACUUCCAUAAAUUCUGGCUGGACAAUUUUCACUGUUCACCUUCUCCUUUGCUAUGUGGAGUUCAAGAACUCUGCCCACUGAAUAUAUCGCUAAAGAAUAAACAGGAAAUACAGGUUGUGAUGAUCACUUCUGAGCCCAGCGUUUCCAUAUGGAAUGCAGUGUAUGCAGUGGCCCAUGCCCUCCAUGAAAUGCUUUUGAGUCAAACAGAAAUAGAUUUUCACAAAGACAUAAACCAGGACAGGCUUCUACCUUGGCAGGGUCCAACCCCCUGUCAGAACCAGGGUAAAUAA